CAUUCGCCAAAAUCGCAAAAAUCGUAAACAAAUGAGUGGAAAGUGCACUUUAUUUUAUUUUGCGGAGUUGUAAUAUAAAUUUUCACGUAAAAUAAUAUUCUAAUUCCAAAGUUGGGUGACAUUUCAUAUUACCUAAAUAAAGAUCGAACAUAAGCUGACUGCAAUACCUCACCAUGCAGGAGAAUCGUCCGGAAUUGUACGAGGAGGUAAAGUUGUACCGCCACGCUCGGGAACGGGAAAAGUACGACAACAUGGCCGAUCUGUUUGCCCUGGUGUCGACGCUGCAGAAUCUGGAGAAGGCCUACAUCCGGGACUGUGUGACCCCGCAGGAAUACACGGCGGCCUGUUCCAAGCUGCUGGUGCAGUACAAGGUCGCCUUCAAGUUGGUCCAGGGCGAUGAGUUUCCAACGAUCGAAUCGUUUGUCAAGAAAUUCCGUCUGGACUGUCCGGCCGCGUUGGAACGGAUCCGGGAGGAUCGGCCCAUCACGAUUCGGGACGACAAGGGUAACACGAGCAAGUGCAUUGCCGAUAUCGUUUCAAUGUUCAUCACCCUGAUGGACAAGCUGCGGUUGGAUAUCAGAGCCAUGGAUGAUUUGCAGCCGGAGUUGCGCGAUUUGCUGGACACGAUGAAUCGACUGUCGCUGAUUCCGGAUAAUUUUGAGGGCAAGGAGAAAGUCUCUACCUGGUUGGCCACUUUGAACUCGAUGCAGGCUUCGGAUGAGCUGUCGGAAACUCAGGUGCGGCAACUGCUGUUCGAUCUGGAAUCAUCCUAUGCGGCAUUUAAUAAUCUACUGCAUGCGACCUAAGCGUGAACACAGAGAGUUUUCAUUUUUGCGCCAAUCUGGGGAUUUGAUCUGGGACCGAGGUCAAAAGUCUAGUUAUUGAUUGUGUAUUGUGUCGGAAUUAUGUUUAUAGUAGAAGCCGAAAGUGCUGCUGCACACUAGUUCGAUGCUAAGAACGAGUUGUAUGAGAUAGGAGCCUAUAUUACAAUAUUUUAAAACAUAAAUAAUAUAUCGUUUAGAGCAUA